GUCGGAAGGAGGAGACAUGGCGGCGACGCCGGCGGCGGCUACGGCCGGGGCCGGCCGGGGGAGACGCGCGGCGGCCGCGGAUGCGGCGUGGGGCGGCUGGGCCGGCCGGCCGCGGCCCGGGAACAUCCUGUUGCAGCUGCGGCAGGGCCAGCUGACCGGCCGGGGCCUGGUGCGGGCCGUGCAGUUCCCAGACACUUUUUUGAUGGAGAGGGACAAACAGUCCAAAUGGAGUGGGAUUCCUCAGCUGCUCCUGAAGCUCCAUACCACCAGCCACCUCCACAGCGACUUCAUCGAGUGCCAAAACAUCCUCAAGGAAAUUUCUCCUCUUCUCUCCAUGGAAGCUAUGGCAUUUGUUACUGAAGAAAGGAAGCUUACACAAGAAACCACUUACCCAAAUACUUACAUAUUUGACUUGUUUGGAGGUGUUGAUCUCCUUGUAGAAAUCCUUAUGAGGCCUACGAUCUCUAUCCGAGGACAGAAAUUAAAGAUAAGCGAUGAAAUGUCCAAGGACUGUUUAAGCAUCCUGUAUAAUACCUGUGUCUGUACUGAAGGAGUUACAAAGCGUCUGGCAGAAAAGAAUGACUUUGUGAUCUUCCUUUUCACUCUGAUGACAAGUAAAAAGACAUUCUUACAAACAGCAACCCUCAUUGAAGAUAUUUUGGGUGUUAAAAAGGAAAUGAUUCGACUAGAUGAAGUCCCCAAUCUGAGCUCCUUAGUAUCCAAUUUUGAUCAGCAGCAGCUUGCGAAUUUCUGCCGGAUUCUGGCUGUCACCAUUUCCGAGAUGGAUACGGGCAAUGAUGACAAACAUACACUUCUUGCCAAAAAUGCUCAACAGAAGAAGAGCUUGGGCUUGGGGCCCUCUGCAGCCGAAAUCAACCAAGCGGCCCUUCUCAGCAUCCCUGGCUUCGUUGAGCGGCUUUGCAAACUGGCAACUCGAAAGGUGUCAGAGUCAACGGGCACAGCCAGCUUCCUGCAGGACCUGGAGGAGUGGUACACGUGGCUCGACAACGCUUUGGUGCUCGAUGCCCUGAUGCGAGUGGCGAAUGAGGAGUCCGAACACAAUCAAGCCUCCAUUGUGUUCCAUCCUCCAGGGGCUUCUGAGGAGAAUGGCCUGCCUCACACCUCGUCUAGGACCCAGCUGCCCCAGUCUAUGAAGAUCAUGCACGAGAUCAUGUACAAACUGGAAGUACUGUACGUCCUCUGUGUGCUGCUGAUGGGGCGUCAGCGAAACCAGGUGCACAGAAUGAUUGCAGAGUUCAAGCUGAUCCCUGGCCUCAAUAAUCUGUUUGACAAGUUGAUUUGGAGGAAGCAUUCAGCGUCUACCCUCGUCCUCCACGGACACAACCAGAACUGUGACUGCAGCCCGGACAUCACCUUGAAGAUACAGUUUUUGAGGCUUCUCCAGAGUUUCAGCGACCAUCAUGAGAACAAGUACCUGCUGCUGAACAACCAGGAGCUGAAUGAGCUCAGCGCCAUCUCCCUCAAGGCCAACAUCCCCGAGGUGGAGGCUGUGCUCAACACGGACAGGAGUUUGGUGUGUGAUGGGAAAAGGGGCUUAUUAACUCGUCUGCUGCAGGUCAUGAAGAAGGAGCCAGCCGAGUCAUCAUUCAGGUUCUGGCAAGCCCGGGCCGUGGAGAGUUUCCUCCGGGGGACCACCUCCUAUGCAGACCAGAUGUUCCUGCUCAAGCGAGGCCUGCUGGAGCACAUUCUCUACUGCAUUGUGGACAGUGAGUGCAAGUCCAGGGACGUGCUCCAGAGCUACUUUGACCUCCUAGGGGAGCUGAUGAAGUUCAAUGUUGAUGCGUUCAAGAGAUUCAACAAAUACAUCAACACUGACGCAAAGUUCCAGGUGUUCCUGAAGCAGAUCAACAGCUCCCUCGUGGACUCCAACAUGCUGGUGCGCUGCGUCACCUUGUCCCUGGACCGCUUUGAGAACCAGGUGGACAUGAAAGUGGCCGAAGUCCUGUCCGAGUGCCGCCUGCUGGCCUACAUCUCCCAGGUGCCCACCCAGAUGUCCUUCCUCUUCCGCCUCAUCAACAUCAUCCACGUGCAGACCCUGACCCAGGAGAACGUCAGCUGCCUCAACACCAGCCUGGUGAUCCUGAUGCUGGCGCGGCGGAAAGAGCGGCUGCCCCUGUACCUGCGGCUGCUGCAGCGCAUGGAGCACAGCAAGAAGUACCCGGGCUUCCUCCUCAACAACUUCCACAACCUGCUGCGCUUCUGGCAGCAGCACUACCUGCACAAGGACAAGGACAGCACCUGCCUGGAGAACAGCUCCUGCAUCAACUUCUCCUACUGGAAGGAGACCGUGUCUAUCCUGCUGGACCCCGACCGCCAGUCCCCCUCUGCCCUCGUGAGCUACAUCGAGGAACCCUACAUGGACAUAGACAGGGACUUCACUGAUGAGUGAGCGUGGGCACGCGUGCCACACCCCGCCCCUCCCCUCCCUACCCCUGCUGCUCUCUGCCCCCCCACAUACACCCAGUCUUCCAGGACAGGCCGGGGGCAGGGGAGUGUCUCAACCCCUGGGCCCCUGGGCCCGAGCCCCCAGGUCACUGGGGGCACCUCAGUGCUCCCGAGCUCCCCACCAUGAGGACAGGGCACCAGGCCACCCGUUCUCCCAGAACCCUGGGACUCUGGGAUUUUUAAACUGACUG